AGUCCCCUCUGGACCCGCUCUCUUCUCCAGCGACUGGCUACAAGGCAAAAGGAAAGGUGCUUGGAUUCAGAUAAGCAGGAUUCUAGAUGUGGCUGCGCCGCUUUCAGGGUCGCAGCCUCAGUUUCCAUAGCUGUCAAACAGGAUAAUAGUUAUUCCAGUUCUCUCCCUGGGAUGUUGCCAAGGUCGUGUAAAAAUACGCUGUCCUAAGAUAAGCCAAAGCCACCAUCAUUGGGAGAGUCGCCAACAAAACUCGGCUUCCCUCUGCAGACAAGGCUGGUUCGACCUAGUCAACAGGAAGCUCCUUGGCUGGGACAGACUCGGAAGGAGGCCAGACGCGAGCGUUUCGGGACGGUGAUCAGAUUUGAUAAUGGGCUGCAUUAAAAGUAAAGAGAACAAAAGUCCAGCCAUUAAAUAUACAUCAGAAAACACUCCAGAACCUGUCAAUACAAGUGUCAGCCAUUAUGGAGCAGAGCACACUGCAGCGACACCAUCGUCUUCAGCAAAGGGAACAUCUGUUAAUUUUAGCAGUCUUUCCAUGACACCAUUUGGAGGAUCCUCAGGGGUGACACCUUUUGGAGGAGCAUCUUCCUCAUUCUCAGUGGUGCCAAGUUCAUAUCCUGCUGGUUUAACAGGUGGUGUUACUAUAUUUGUGGCCUUAUAUGAUUAUGAAGCUAGAACUACAGAAGACCUUUCAUUUAAGAAGGGUGAAAGAUUUCAAAUAAUUAACAAUACGGAAGGAGACUGGUGGGAAGCAAGAUCGAUUGCUACAGGAAAGAAUGGCUACAUCCCUAGCAAUUAUGUAGCCCCUGCAGAUUCCAUUCAGGCAGAAGAAUGGUAUUUUGGCAAAAUGGGGAGAAAAGAUGCUGAAAGAUUACUUCUGAAUCCUGGGAAUCAACGAGGUAUUUUCUUAGUAAGAGAGAGUGAAACUACUAAAGGUGCUUAUUCUCUCUCUAUUCGUGACUGGGAUGAAGUAAAGGGUGACAAUGUGAAACACUACAAAAUUAGGAAACUUGACAAUGGUGGAUACUAUAUCACAACCAGAGCACCAUUUGAGACUCUGCAGAAAUUGGUAAAACACUACACAGAACACGCUGAUGGGUUAUGCCAUAAGUUAACAACUGUAUGUCCAACUGUGAAACCCCAGACUCAAGGUCUAGCAAAAGAUGCUUGGGAAAUCCCUCGAGAAUCUUUGCGACUAGAAGUUAAACUAGGACAAGGAUGUUUUGGUGAAGUGUGGAUGGGAACAUGGAAUGGAACCACAAAAGUAGCGAUCAAAACACUAAAACCAGGUACAAUGAUGCCAGAAGCUUUUCUUCAAGAGGCUCAGAUAAUGAAAAAAUUAAGACAUGAUAAACUUGUUCCACUAUAUGCUGUUGUUUCUGAAGAGCCAAUUUACAUUGUUACUGAAUUUAUGUCAAAAGGGAGCUUAUUAGAUUUCCUGAAGGAGGGAGAUGGAAAGUAUUUGAAGCUCCCGCAACUGGUCGAUAUGGCUGCUCAGAUUGCUGACGGUAUGGCAUAUAUUGAAAGAAUGAACUAUAUUCAUCGAGAUCUUCGAGCUGCUAAUAUUCUUGUAGGAGAAAAUCUUGUGUGCAAAAUAGCAGAUUUUGGUUUAGCAAGGUUAAUUGAAGACAACGAAUAUACGGCAAGACAAGGUGCAAAAUUUCCAAUCAAAUGGACAGCUCCUGAGGCUGCACUGUAUGGUCGAUUUACAAUAAAGUCUGAUGUAUGGUCAUUUGGAAUUCUACUGACAGAGCUGGUAACCAAGGGCAGAGUGCCAUAUCCAGGUAUGGUAAACCGUGAAGUACUGGAACAGGUGGAACGAGGAUAUAGGAUGCCUUGCCCUCAGGGCUGUCCAGAGUCCCUACAUGAAUUAAUGAAUCUUUGCUGGAAGAAGGACCCUGAUGAAAGACCAACAUUUGAAUAUAUUCAGUCCUUCUUGGAAGACUACUUCACUGCUACAGAGCCACAGUACCAGCCAGGAGAAAAUUUAUAAUCCAAGUAGUCUAUUUUAUAUGCACAAACCUGCCAAAAUGUAAAAACUUACGUCGACUUCCUCACUUACGUACAGGAAUCAAAAGAAGAAAAUCUUCACUCUGCAUGUUUUUAAUGGUAAACUGGAAUUCCAGAUAUGGUUGCACAAAACCACUAUUUUUUCCCCAAGUGUUAAACUGUAAAGUACCGAUGAUGAAUUUUCCAACUUAUUUCAGGGUCCAAAGAAAAGUAUAGCUAAGAUAUUGAUGACAAUUUGAUAGCAUGACAAUGAAAAACAACAAGGCUACUGUUUAUAAAUCACUUCCUUUUUUUAAUUCCCCAGACUCAGAAUUGUUAACAAAAUUAUUUAUCAUUGUAGAAAAACUUGGGAGAUCAAAACAAUACCAUAAUAAAAUCUAAAAUCAAGGAACUUCAUGGGACCAAACAAUUCCAUUCCAUUUCUAAGAUUUUCUUGCAUUCAUAUUCUCAAAGAUUUUUUAUAAGUUGAACAGUUAAUAUGCAGUCCUGAAAUAUGCCUCCCUUGCAUGGAAAUCAGCAAGGUUUUAGCAGCAGAAAGGAAUAUAAACAACAUCUAAAACUUUAAACAAUAACAGUGGGAUUUGAAAUUAUAAUGCACUAUGUUAACACUCAAACUCAUGGAAUAGGAAAUAGAAGAAAUUUUUCACUUUAAUCAUUUCUGAAUAGCUCAGUUUCAAAUAAUGAAGGUAACUAGAAAUUAAUUUAAUCUUUUAUAAGGUUGCAUUGAUUUUAAAGGCAAUAUAUAACUGAAUUUAUACUAUCCAAUCCGAGGGAGAAAAGUCCCAGCAUUUAAGUAGUCCUUUUUUAAAAAACAGACUGGUGUUGUGAGAUAUUGCUAAAUAUGUACUUAUGGUAAUGGUUGCCACAAAUGUAAAAAUAUCACGAGAUCAGGGACUUGAAUGCACUUUGCUCUUAUUGCAGAUACACUGAGAGAAAAAUGUAUUUAAAAGAAAUAUGAGAAAAGAAAAUGUGAAAGUUUUACAGAUAGAGGGAUGGAAUGUUGUUUCAUGUUGGUGUUAUGGAGUGACAAAAUGGCUUUGCUGGCAGUCAGAGUUCCUCACUUAACCUAUUUUGUGAAAUUUUAAGUUAUACGGUAUGACUAUAAGACAAUAAACACUAAAUGAAUGUUAUAGCCUCAGAAUAAUGAAGUUAAGACUUUCCACUAAUUCCAGUGAGACAGCUUUUAUGCAAAACAUUUUUAAAAACCCAGUUUUCAAAUCUACAUUUACUUUAUACUUAAUGGUGACAAAAUUUUUCCCUCUUAGAAUUUAGUUAAUAUAGAGAAUAAAACUUAUUCAGAAUGAUAACACUGGUGAAAAGAGGGGACAGUUUUUGCCUAUUUAAAGUGCAGAGUGAAACAUACAAAAUAAGACUGAUUUCUGUGACUAACUCAGAAAGACAUUCCAAAAUAUGAAUUUUAUUAGCAGCAUUACUGGCUUAAGGAUCUGGCAAAGGAACUGAAUCAGACAAAAUAAAAGUCUGGUAUUUAUGUUUUAAAAUACUCUUUUAAAGUCACACUUUAAAUAAAGCAAUACAUCAAGUCCCCAUAUUUUAGGAAUAUAAUUUUUACCUACCAUCACUUACCUGAUUUAAUCAUUAAGUUUAAAAUUCUGUGCCAUAGUAUCUUUGUUGAAACUCAAACCAUUUUGAAAUGUUACAGAUAAACUUCAUGUAAGUUGGCAACAGUUUUGGUACUAAAAAUUUUGGUGGUUUCUUAAUGUUUACGUAACCUGUUUAGUAUUGAAUCCCUCUUCCAAGAGGAUCUUCCUACGAAGACUGCCAUCAUCAUUUACCCUUAACGUCUGCAACCUGUGAAAUCAGAUUUUUAAAGGGCUUCAUGUGAACUAUGUGAACUAUGAUAUAAUUUUUCUCGCGUUGAAAAAAGGAUAACAAAAUUAUGUUUAUGUACUAAUUCUGUUCAGAAAAAUAAGUCAGGAAAAGUUGAUGGUAUUCAUUAGGUUUUAAUUGAAUGGAGCUGUUCCUUAUAAUAUCAGUUGUAUAGUAAGGGAGUAACACUAACUCAAUAUGUAUCCAGUUUAAAUGAUUAUUUUUAAAUUGCCAAGCAAAACAAACAACUUUGUACAUUUGAAGAUUUUUUUCCAACAGUCUUCAAUAUCUUAAUGUGGACCUUAACCCUUACCAAAAAAAAAAAAGUUGGCAAAAAUGACCUUCUAGCACAAACACUUUUUAAAUAAGUAAUGGUAGCCUAAAACUUAAUAUUUUUAUAAAGUAUUAUAAUAUUGUUUUGUGGAUAAUUGAAAUAAAAAUUCUCAUUGAAUAUACCCAUUUAUCUUUUUAGCCACCAUUCAUACUUUCUCAUCCAUUUUUUUAAAUUGGUAUUUAAAGCAAAGUAUAUUCUGAAUUUGUUCUUAUAUUGGGGGAAAAAAGUGUUCAGUUAUAACUCUUAAUAAAGAAUUGAUUUAAUUCUG